CAGAGAGGGGGAUAGUCAGUCAAUCCAGAUUCAUUAAAUCCACGCCUCUUUUGAUCCCCAGAAAUCGACUGAUCGAACCAAAUUUCAAUUCCCCCUUUCUUCAAUCUUCCGCCAUGGCCGCUUCCUCUUCCUCCGCGGCCACCACUAAUAUCAUGCUCGCCAUCUAUGAAAAGAAGACUUCUACCCUCGACCUCUACCGCCCACUCCGCAAUUACAUCUCCUUCAAUUACUCCGACCGCGAGGCUCAGAAUUUGGAAGACGAUCUCCAGACCCUCAAGCAGCUGCGCUCCGAUAUUGAGCGGAUACCUGACCCGUCCCCGCCCGCACGCCGAGACCUCUUUAUUUCCUACUUCAAGGCGCUUUGCCUCGUCGAGAAUCGCUUCCCUAUCUCGCCUGACAAGGACCAUGUUAACACGGUCACGUUUGUUUGGCAUGAUGCCUUCAAGCAGAAGCAGAAGUCCAGCCAGCAGAACAUCCACCUCGAGAAGGCUGCGGUGUUGUUCAAUCUGGGAGCUGUGUACAGCCAGAUUGCGUUGUCCUAUGAUAGGACCACGGCGGAUGGGCGAAGACAGGCCUCUCACGCGUUCAUCGCGGCUGCUGGUGCGUUUUCCUAUCUGAGGGACAAUGAGUCCACCAAGGCGUCGAUGGGAAGCAGCACCACCGUGGAUGUGUCGAUAGAGUGCGCGGGGAUGUUGGAGAGGCUCAUGCUCGCGCAGGCGCAGGAGUGCGUCUUCGAGAAUACAAUUGCCAAGGGAAGCACCUCUGGGGUUUGUGCCAAGAUUUCUAGGCAGGCUGGGUUGUACUACGAGGAAGCUUUGGCAGCACUUAAUGUUGCACCUUUGAAAGAUCAUUUUGAUAAGGCAUGGUCUUCCCAUGUGCAGCUUAAAGCAGCUCUUUUCUGUGCUGAGGCUUGUUAUAGAUAUAGUUUGGAAUUGCAUGACAAAGAAGAGAUUGCAGAAGAAAUUGCCCGGUUAAGGAGUGGGAUUAAUGCUUUAACUGAAGCAAAGAAAUCCUCAAAAGGGGCUGCUGCACAACUUCUUGAUGCAAUUGUCAAGUUGGAGGCCAAUCUUAAUCACAACUUGGAUCGGGCUGUGAAGGAAAAUGACAGAGUUUAUCUUAUGAGGGUUCCUUCCCCAAGUUCUUUGCCAGGACUUCCAGCUUUUUCCAUGGUUAAGCCAAUGCAGAUGCAUGAGGUACUGGAUGCAAGCAAAGAGAAGAUGUUUGCAAGUCUUGUUCCGGACACCAGUGCAAAGGCUCUCUCCAGAUACACUGAAAUGGUUGAUGAUGUUAUCAGGACACAAGCUGAGAAAUUACAACAAGGGAGUGAGCUCACUCGAGUGAGACUCAAGGAAAUGGAUUUGCCUGAAUCAAUUCUUGCUUUGGAAGGGAACUUUACCCUUCCAGAUAAUCUUAAGGAAGAUGUGGAAGCAGUUCAAAUUAGUGGUGGUCCAGCUGGAUUGGAAGCUGAGUUGCAGCAGCUUAGAGAUCUGAGGAGGGUGAACCAGGAAUUGCUGGUUCAGACUGAAGAGCUUUUGCAAAAAGAAGCUGCAGAGGAUGCUCAAUUUAGAAGCCAAUUUGGGACUCGGUGGACUAGGCCACAUUCUGCUACUCUAACAAAGAAUUUGCAGGAUAGGUUAAAUCGAUUUGCAGCCAACUUAAAGCAAGCUGCAGAAAGUGAUACUCGUAUUGAGCGUUCUGUGAGAGAUCAUUCUGCACUCAUGUCAAUACUUGAUCGCCGUCCGAUUGAAUCAGCUCUUCCAACUCUGUCAAGGCCAAUAAUGUCUUUGGAUGCCAAUGAAGAUGCUAUUGUCGGGGCCCUGAAGCAGAGCUUGAGGCAGUUGGAGGCUCUUGGUGCUCAACGGGCAGGACUUGAAGACAUGCUUAAAGAGAUGAAGAGAAAGGAUGAUAUACUACCAAAGUUGAUGACAUCCACUGGCUCAUAUGAAGAUCUUUUUAGGAAAGAAAUAUCAAAAUAUGAUCACAUUUGUGAAGACAUUGCGCAAAACAUUGAGGCACAAGAACAGUUAUUGAUGCAAAUUCAGGCACAAAACGAGCAGUUUUCUGCUGUUUUUAACCUUGAAGAUUAUAAAGCAUCCCGAGAGAAGUGUUACAAACAGAUACAAGCUGGCAUAGCGAAAUAUAGAGAAAUCAAGGAGAACAUAAAUGAGGGAUUGAAGUUCUAUGUUACUCUUCAGGAUGCAAUCACAAAUAUCAAGCAGCAAUGCAGUGAUUUUGUAAUGACUAGGAACAUCCAGUGCCGAGAAAUGAUUGAGGACGUGCAGAGGCAAAUGGCAGGUCUCAGUUUCCAGGAUCGCAAGAGCUCGGGCCCGUAUUCUGCAGUGGGACAACCCCAUCAAACUCCAAGAUCAGGUUCACCACCGCAACCAGACCCCCAAACCGCACACCACCCUCCUCCUUCUCAAGCCCCAUAUUAUAGGCCACCAGAGCAGCCAGCAAUUCCUGGUUAUGGACCCCCUUAUGGUGCCCCUCAACCGCCAGCUCCAUUCCAUAUGUCUGCGGCACCUGGUGCUCCCUUCCCUCCUCCACAGGUCCAACAACAGCCACCGGCAAGUCAUGAAUAUGGUCAGCCUGCGUAUCCAGGGUGGCGAGGUCCAUAUUACGGUGCCCAGGGACAGCAACCUGGAUCAUUUCCACGGCCUCCUUACACCGCUCAAAAUCCAUAUCAUCCUCCGCAUCAAAGUGGUUAUUAUAAGCAAUGAUAGUCUCUAUUCCUUCAUUAUCGUUAAAAAAAGGAGAAAUUAUUUCAUUUCAAUUUAUAUAAUGAUCUUGAUGUGUUGUUCUGUUGUCCUUGUUUGGUCAUCUUGCAAUGUGAACUGCACUCUCAAUGAUGUUGCAUAUCAUAGUACAGCCUAUUCGUUGUGAAUAUUCCUGAUUGUUUCAUAUGGAUUUUCAUAAUGUGAUCAGAUUAUAAAGGCCUGUUGUACGUAUA